GGGCCAGCUUGGUGCCCCCACGGGGAAGGGGGAAAGCGGGGAAAGGGGAAGGCACACAUCCUAGAUACUCGGGUCACCAUCAGUCAUCAUGUGUGUAAAGUCAAGCUGUUUGUUUGCAGCAUGUAAACUGGGUGCUGGAGUCUACUAGAGCAUGUGACGUGUCCAACUUCGGUGUGUUGAAGAGCUGUACUAGAGCUGUACAGGCUGGAGGCCUAAGAUGAAAGAAGGACGGUACUUGGAAGUCAAUAGAUUCCUUCAGUGAUGGUGUGAUUAUAGGCUGGAAUAUGAUUUUUGAAUGUUGCUUGAUGUGUCUUGCAUUUCUUUUGAUCCUGGUUGCUGGAGGAUGGGAUGUUUGGAGCAGAUUAAUAUAGACUAUAUAGACAAAGGCAGUUUUUUACACUCUGUGUUUAGGCAGUCAAUUCAUCAUUUGGGGGUGAGUUUGCUUGUUUCUGACCCACAGCGUUUUUGUUCCCGCUUGGCCAUCUUUUCCUGGACACGAGACAUGAGAAUACAGGGAAUCGCUUGAGAAAGCUCUCUGUUCCACCCGGAAAUUCUGGACCGCGGUGUGCGGAGGCUGAGCAUGGGCGGCAUGGGAGGUCUUGCCAUGUUCUUCAUCGUUGCCUAUUUCGGCACCAUGGGGCUGAUCACCCACUGGUUCAAGCUGAAUGCUCCUUUUGUGGCGGGUGUGGCCUUCCUAACCCUCUUCGCCUACCUGGUGCUUGUGGGGACCCUGAGUUCUUGGUGGCCGACUGGCGCUGGCAUGUGCGGAGCUGCUUUGUGGGUCUUUUGCCUUUGUGUCUUCAUUUCGAUGGGCAACAUGAGCAACUGGUGGCAGGAAGCUGGUGCAGCUCCCAUUCUCAUUGGUGCUGGACGCAUGGCACAGGUGGGCGUGCGGGGUGCUGCGCCAGUGGCAGCAGCAACCAACACUUGCGCCAUGCUCACCAACAUGGCAACGUUGUCAGAGAAGCAGCUUUGCUGCAACCAGGGCUACACCACUUUCUGCCAAAGCUCUGCCCCAGCCGUGCAGACUGUUCACCAUGUGCACUAUGUUCAUCAUGCUGUGCCCCACGUGGUUCAUUCCAGCGUCCCUUAUGCCCCCGCUGGUGGUAUUGACCACGUUCACUGGCAUUCCGGUGGCUUCCACUCUGCCAUCGGAUCCACCAUUCCAUCCAUCCACACCGGCAGCUGGCACUCCAUGGGAUCGACUAUUCCGUCCACCGUGCACACCGUGCACACCAUGUCCAGCGCACCCAGCAGGGAUUACGUGAUCGAUCCUGGCAAUCUUGAAGACAUUCCAAUUCCGCAGACGUUGCACUGAGGAACUGACACUUGGCCAGCUUAGUUACAUAGUUUCAGGACCGGAUGCUGUUGCCCUUUACAAGUCAAGCAUGAGUCAAACCAUGCUACAAGAAAACUUGAGUCUUUUGUUCUGGAGGGGUUGAAGUUGGAGGGAACUUGUCGAAUCUUUCGACCACAAGACCACAAGAGAGCCUGCCGUUAAUCACGAGGUGGUUAGUCACGCAACUUGCUUGUCCAAGUUUUUCAAGGGCAUAGGGGCCCCUAGUUUUCAUGCCCCUGCAUCCUUGCAUCUUGGAGGUUUCAAAGUAUAGCAACGUGGAAGUGUGAAGCGCUCCCCGUUUUUCGCAGAAUUCCUGUGUCGGUCUAUGUAUCUUCCCAAGGAGGGACUUCUCCGGGCGUCCCGAGUAGGACGAGUAGAUACAAGAAAAAGGAACCUAAUAGCAAAAAGAACCUAAUAGCGAUGGCCUCCACUCUUGUGGAUACAAGUAGGUCUCUUUCGCUCAAAGACUCUGUGGAGGGAGGCCAAAACCGGAGGCUCUCCGGGUCGGGUAGCGGGUCGGGAGUCCCAAGGAUCAGCUCCUUAAGGUUGAUUCGCCACACUUCUUUUUUCUUUCUCAUCCAAAAGGAUAGUUGAAGAAUGUUGAAGAGCCUUUUCUUUGAGGGAGAAUAUUCGGGACAAGACUGGUCCUCGUGGCAUCAAGAUUUGAAGCCUCAGCCCUUUGCUUGAUGCUGUGCCCAGUUUUGGUAUCUAGGAUCCAGUCGGAACAUUGUAAAUACUUAACACUACUCCCACUCCUUUUCCCCCC